AUGUCAUCAUUUCGUCUCGAAUUGAAAAACACCGAAUUCAAGUUGCCGAAAUUACUAAUUCUCGAAGCGAAAAAGCGGGACGAAGCCGAAGCUAUCGUACAGAAAAUUGAAAAGUAUGAGCGGAGCGAAAAGGCUUCGUCAACCGUUGAUCAACACAAGAUCGAUCUAAUCGAAAUAAGAAAACAGCAGGAAGUUGUCGGGUUUGCCGUCAACCUCGAGGACAAAAAACAGCAAAAAGAAAAAAUAAAGAAUUUGGCAAAUGAUCCGCCAUCGAAGGAAAUACUUGAAUUCUUAAAAAGUGCUCAAGAGUAG